UAAAAAUAUCGUCAAACCAGAAAUAUAAUAAUAGCUUUGUGGUUUCAGAGCUUCCAUCGUCGUCUCGUCUUCAUCCAUCUUUCUCGUUUUCUCGCCUAACAGAAUCUCUCUCUUUCUCUCUUCAAAAUCUAUUUUUAUUUACUUUCAUUCUUUCUCUCUCUUCUCUUGCUCGUGGUGAUCAAAAGAUUUCUCUCUCGCCGCGAAAUCGAAGAACCACGCUUCUGGAUUCAGAGGACAAUGGGUGGCGAGGCAGAGAUCAAGCAACGUUUACAACCCAAUGCGAAAGGGAAGAGACUCUGGCAGAAGGUGAAGUACCAACUCGUGGAGUAUCACGCAUUGCCUGCUUACCUCAGAGACAACGAGUACAUCCUCGGCCACUACCGUUCCGAGUGGCCCAUCAAACAGAUCCUCCUCAGCAUCUUCACUAUCCACAACGAGACCUUGAACGUCUGGACGCACUUGAUUGGGUUUUUCCUGUUUCUGGCGCUUACUAUAUACACAGCUACCAAAGUCCCCAGCGUUGUUGAUCUUCACUCGCUUCAGCAUCGUUUACCUGAUGUCCCGAGGAAGACGGAUCUUCACAAACUUCACUCUGAUUUAAUGUCUCGUCUUCCUUCUAGUCCUUCUAAGUGGCAUGUCAUGGAGCUGCUCUAUAACUGUCUCCCUGAACGAUUCUCUCAUGGCAACAACACUGACAUGUGUGUCCUGCAUUCUGUGAAGGAAGAUCUUGCAAACAUGAUAGCUCCUUUGAUCUUCAGGCCAAUCACUCGCUGGCCCUUUUACGCUUUCCUAGGGGGUGCUAUGUUCUGUCUAUUAGCAAGCAGCACCUGCCACCUCCUCUCCUGUCACUCAGAGCGUGUCUCUUACAUAAUGCUAAGGCUUGACUACGCUGGAAUCGCAGCUCUGAUCUCCACUUCCUUCUACCCACCUGUCUACUACUCCUUCAUGUGUGAUCCAUUCUUCUGCAACCUCUACUUAGGAUUCAUAACAAUCUUAGGCAUCUCCACGGUGCUCGUCUCGCUCUUACCAGUCUUCCAAAGCCCUGAGUUUCGCGUUGUGAGGGCCUCUCUUUUCUUUGGAAUGGGAUUCUCUGGAGCUGCUCCGAUACUUCACAAGCUGAUCAUCUUUUGGGACCAGCCUGAGGCGCUUCACACAACGGGUUAUGAGGUUUUGAUGGGGUUGCUUUAUGGGUUGGGAGCUUUGGUUUAUGCGACUAGGAUUCCUGAGAGGUGGAUGCCUGGUAAGUUUGAUAUAGCUGGACAUAGUCAUCAGUUGUUUCAUGUUUUGGUGGUUGCUGGUGCGUUUACACAUUAUAGAGCUGGGCUUGUGUAUCUCAAGUGGAGAGACAUUGAAGGAUGUUGAAGAUUUGAUGAUUUGAAUCUUUCUUUUUGUAGCUUCACGAAAAAAAAGUUGGAUUGUGUAAAGUCUAUGUGUAACCAAAUGCUUUUUUUUUUUUAAUUUGCCCUUGAUCCUAACCCCAACACAAAGGGUCGGGUCAUGUUCAAAACCA